CGGCAGGGACCGGGACAAGCUCGGGGCUUGGGACAUGGGAUUUCUUAGACCUGCAGGGUUCGCCGGCCUGACCUUCCCUGAGUGACCCUUCCUGGCCUCUGGAUCCCGGGUGACCGGUGGUGGUGAGUGUGUGAUGGUGCAGAGAGCAGCCGCAUCCGUCAGCGGUCAGCCCGGCCCCGAGAGCCCCAGGCCGUGGCUGUUUCCCUGCUUUGUGGAAGCGGCUGGUCCUGACCUGUGCUCUUGGGCUGCCUGCCUUCACGAGGAAUAAACAAGCUCCUCUGCAGCGCCCUAUGCGACGAGGCGUGUUUAUAGAGCUGCUGCUUCUCUUCUGGAGGACUCUGCAGUGUUUGACACUGCUGGUCGCUGCUAUGGAUGGAGAACAGAAGCCAUUCACUGUUGUGUUGGAAAGAGAAAAUGACACCUUGGGAUUCAAUAUUAUAGGCGGUCGACCAAAUCAGAAUAAUCCAGAAGAAUCGUCAACUGAAGGGAUUUAUGUUUCAAAAAUUUUAGAAAAUGGACCUGCUGACAAAGUCCAUGGACUGGAGAUUCAUGAUAAAAUCGUUGUGGUGAAUGGAAAGGAUCUCUCCAAGGCCACCCAUGAAGAGGCAGUGGAAGCUUUUCGAAACGCCAAGGAGCCCAUUGUGGUGCAGGUGUUAAGGCGGACGCCUCUCAGUAGAGCCUCCUAUGGGACGGUCCCGGAAGUACAGCUCAGGCACGCCAGCACGCAGACCGACAUCACCUUUGAGCACAUCAUGGCCCUGGCCAAGCUCCGGCCGCCAACCCCUCCUGUGCCGGACAUCUGUCCAUUUCUGCUCUCAGACAGCUGCCAUUCUCUUCAUCCGGCGGAGCAUGAAUUUUAUGAGGACAACGAGUACCUUUCCAGCCUGCCUGCAGAUGCAGACAGAACAGAGGACUUUGAAUACGAGGAGAUCGAGUUGUGUCGUGUUAGCAGUCAAGAGAAGCUGGGCCUCACAGUCUGCUACCGGACGGAUGAUGAAGAAGACGCCAGCAUUUAUGUCAGCGAGGUAGAUCCAAAUAGCAUCGCUGCCAAAGAUGGCCGAAUCCGAGAAGGAGAUCGGAUUUUGCAAAUAAAUGGGGAAGACGUCCAGAAUCGAGAAGAGGCCGUGGCGUUGCUGGCGAGCGAUGAGUUGAAGAGAAUCGUGCUGCUUGUUGCAAGGCCCGAGAUUCAGCUGGAUGAAGGCUGGCUGGAAGAUGAAAGGAAUGAAUUCUUAGAGGAGUUAAACUUGGAGAUGUUGGAAGAGCGGCAGGAUGAAGCACUGCAGCACACUGCCAACGAGGCAGAACAGCCAAAAAAGCAAGAGGAAGAAGAAGGUACAACCGACACGGCGACAUCCUCCUCCAACAACCACGAGAAGGACAGCGGCGUCGGACGCACAGACGAAAGCCUGCGCAACGAGGAGAGCUCAGAGCAGGAGAACGCAGCCGAGGACCCCAGCGGCGCUUCUUUGAAAAGCAAGAGAGAGCUGGGGCAGAGCCAGGACACCCUGGGAAGCGUCGAACUUCAGUGCAAUGAGAGCUUUGUGUCUGGCGAAUACAUCGACUCAGACUGCGUGGGCAACCAUGAUGAGGACUGUGAACGAUUCCGGCAGCUCUUAGAGCUCAAGUGCAAAAUCCGCAACCACGGAGAGUAUGACCUGUAUUACUCCAGCAGCACGAUUGAAUGCAACCAAGGGGAACAGGACGGAGUGGAGCAUGAGCUACAGCUGCUGAACGAAGAGCUGAGGAACAUCGAGCUGGAAUGCCAGAAUAUCAUGCAGGCUCACAGGCUCCAGAAAGUGACCGACCAGUAUGGGGACAUCUGGGCUCUGCACGGGGGAGGAUUCCGAAAUUAUAACACCAGCCUAGACAUGCAAAGAGGAAAGCUAGACGACAUUAUGGAACACCCCGAAAAGUCAGACAAGGACAGCUCCAGUGCUUACAACACAGCUGAAAGCUGCAGGAGUACCCCCCUCACCGUGGACCGUUCCCCGGACAGUUCCCUGCCCAGAAUGAUCAACCUCACCAAUAAGAAAAACCUGCGAAGCACGAUGGCCACGCGUCAGUUCUCUUCUGGACAGAGCAGCAAAGAGUCAACCUCCCUGCGGGCCAAGGCCGCCGAGCAAGGGUGCAGCACGGCAAGCCAGGAGAAGCUUUUGGGAAGCAGCAAGCUGCCGGACCCGGACCCGGACCCAGACCCGGAGAAGACAGCCAGCGAGCCCACCCCUUAUCUCUCGCCCUACCACAGCUCCUCCUACAGGUACGCCCACAUCCCAGCCCACGCCAGGCACUACCAGAGCUACAUGCAGCUGAUUCAGCAGAAGUCGGCCGUGGAGUACGCCCAGAGCCAGCUCAGCUUGGUGAGUAUGUGCAAGGACCCGCAGAAGGGGGCCGAGCCCAAGAUGGAGUGGAAGGUGAAAGUCAGGAGCGAUGGCACCCGCUACAUCACCAAGAGGCCCGUGCGAGACCGGAUUCUCAAGGAACGCGCCCUAAAGAUCCGGGAGGAGCGCAGCGGCAUGACCACCGACGACGACACCAUGAGCGAGAUGAAGAUGGGGCGCUACUGGAGCAAGGAGGAGCGCAAGCAGCACCUGGUGCGCGCCAAGGAGCAGCGCCGGCGCCGCGAGUUCAUGCUGCGCAGCCGGCUGGAGUGCCUGCGGGAGGCGCCGCAGGGCCAGAGCGGCAGCGAGGCCCGCAAGGAGCUCAGCAUCCUCGAGCUGAGCCACAAGAAGAUGAUGAAGAGGAGAAACAAGAAGAUCCUGGACAACUGGAUGACAAUCCAGGAACUGAUGACCCACGGGGCCAAGUCUCCGGACGGCACGAGGGUGCACAGUGCCUUCCUGUCGGUCACCACGGUAUGACCCGACGGGCCACCGGCGACUGACUUCAGGAGGGUGCUACCGGUUCGGGUAGAGUACGAUUGCCUCGUUCAAUGUGGCGCUUUUAUAUGCAUUUUGUGACUCUUUAUAGUUUGAAUUUUUUGUAAGCAAAAAAAUAAUAAUAAUAAUAAUAAUCUGGUAAUUUUUCAUUUGGUUUUUCCUCUACUGGUACCUUCGUUUGGGGCUGAGGUUUUUCCUUAACUUGUGAUAUAUUCAUAUUACUCAUUUAUAAAAAACAAAAUAAAACAAAAAAAAGGAAGGAAAGCAAAAAAAAAAAAACGAAUACUGAGGAGCUAAUUGAUUUCCUAUUUUAAUGUAUCUAUCGUAAGUUAAAAUCUGGAUUUAUCUCUCUAGUUUACUUAUUUUCUACUUUAUAACAAGUCAAAGCCAAAACAUUUCUAUGCUUGCUUCUUGGCAUAAUACCUAUUAAAUCAAACCUGUUAAUAAAUCACAUACCACGUCUUGUCUUAUACACACAAAAAAACCUUUUUAACAUUCUUUUGUACAUUUAACACAUAAACAGCCCUUGUCUUUGUCCCUGUAAAGUAUAGGUGGACAAUCUGCCUGUGAUAUGUAGUGACAUUGGUCAUGUAGCUAGGUAACUGUGGUAAUCGUGACAAUAAAAGAGAAAUAAAUUAUUGAUUAUCCUUAAGAAGAGUUAUGAAGGACUGUUUUAUUUUCAUUGUCCACUGUGUUUAACAGAUAUAAAUUAGUUAUAUAUGUAUACUAUUUAGAAGACUCCUAAUUGUAGGUGAAGACUGCACAUUUUCUAUCACUUUUUUUUUUCAAUAAAGCCUUGAAAUACUUCCUACAGAUCACUGUGUCACAUAUUGCUUCCAGGGUUACAUUACAUACCACGUCUACACUGUCUCAUAGAUGCUAACUAAACACUAUGCUUCCCUUAACUGCCCCCUGUGUAAGGUAAAGCCAUGAAAAAUGUAGGAAGAGAUGUAGACAAAAGACUCACAAAGCGUCUGAGAUUACUGACAAGAGUAGAAUGCAUUCUGUUUGCUUGGUCUGUCAUAACUAAAGGAAUCUUGAUCAACAGGAAUUUAUUUCUCACAGUUCUAGAGUCUGGAAAAUUCAAGACUAAAUGCACUAGAGGUUAGAAUUUAAACAUACAAAUUUAGAGGGGAUGCAAUUCAGCCCACCAUACUGACUGCCUUUAUUUAGUUGAUAAUUUAGAAAUAAAAUUUGGAGAACCAGCUUUGCAAGGAUUUGUAGCAUAGUGAACUAAAAAUGCCUUGUGUCAGUUUAUUAAACCUAUCAUGUCGAUCAUCAUGCCCGCAGAGGAAAGGCCCUAUGACCCACGUGCAUGCAGACGUGAGUUUCAUCAAGUUUUCAUUCAGCCCAACAGGCUGCUUGGACAUAAUGAUUACACAACAUCUGAACAUUUCAGGAAAUACUUGCCUGUAUAAAACCCUCAGUGAUUCCCUACAAGCUCUUGAAUCAGGCUCUGAUGCCUCGGCGUUAGGGUCAAGACCAUCAUCAAACUUUCCCACCUUGUGUGCUGCUCCUGCGUAGACCUUGUCUGAGCUUUUCUUGGCUCCUGAAUAUCUGCCCAUGUCCCAGAAGUUACCAGAACUUACUCUCCUGUGGAGUUUCUACGACAAAUCCUAUGCCUCCCUUAGUGUGUGACCACACAUACAUUUUCUUUGGAGGUAUGUUUUGAUGACAUCAGACUUUCUCAGUUCUUUGGGAUACACUAUUGUGCAUAUUGUUUUACCUGCAGAAUUGUAUUCCUUUGUUACUGAAUUACAUAAAUAGAAUGUAUUGUCUCUCUGCAUAGAUUUUAAAUUUGUGGAAAGAGGCCCUUAUAUCCCUGUCUUUGCAACCCCUUGGUAAAUGCCAUUUGAAUAAAAAUGAAUAUGAGUUGGGCUAAAUUAUUUUACUCAUAUUUCUCUUCCUCAUAUGGGUCCAUCUGUUACUAUUUUCCUUACUGUUCUAUCCUUCCAGAUUUUUACCUUCUGAAGGGCAAUCACACAGAGAAAAAUAAAGUAAUCCUAUUUACAUGUAAUGAAAAUUGGGACUCCAGUUUUUAAAAUACUGGUAGUAAUAACAAACCAAGGCAACUGAAAAUUUCACUAUUUCUAAUUUUAGUCACUGUCAAGUCAGUGACUGAGAUUACUUUGAGUGCACCCAGAGUUAACUUUUAAUCUCACAGUUUUAAAUAAAAACGCCUGUCUACCUUAAGGGUCCAUUUCUUUCCACACCUCACAUCUGUGGUGACUGCUUGAACUCUGCACACACCUUGUACCAACGUGUAGUUUUUCUAGAAGAAACAAAAUACAGCAUUUCCAAAGUUAUCAGUUUGAUUUUAUUUUUACUAAGGCCAAAUAUGCUUGCCAAUUUUUUAAAAAAUGUGAUGUUAGUGUUUUUCAUGUCUGUUUAUAUGCUUCUACAAGUUAAGAAAUGUCUCUUUUUCAGAAAUCAGUGAAAAUUUGAAGUGCUCUGCUUUAUCUUUCUACAUAACCUCCUUUGUACUAUACAUGUUUUUUAAGUAAAUGAAUAAUAAAUCUGUGCUCAGCAAAAAGAGAAA